AUGGCUACUGCUUUGAGGAACUACUUACGGAACCUGUUCAGUACGCCACUGGCCAAUUUCACGACUAGGAAACACGUCCUGGCUCUCGCGGUAGCCACUAUCACCUGCUUCUUUGCUAGCUUCACUAUUCCUUUCUUCUCCAUCAUCCUCGGACAAGUCUUCGAUGAGUACACGAACUUUGGGAGGGGUGAAAUCACCAGUCAAGACCUGGUUCGGAGGGUUGUGAGACUGUGUAUCGAGUUCCUGACCCUGGGUGUGUACGCUUGGUUCUUCAAUGGAAUCUACUUUGUUCUCUUUGUGGCGUUCGGGGAACUUCAGGCGGCAAAUGCUCGGAACAGGCUGUUCGAAGGGCUGCUGAAGAAGGACCAGCGGUUCUUCGAAGAGCAAGAGGAAGGAGCUCGCACCUUUCUAGGUUGCAUUCAGAUCCAGAUACAGGAACUCCAAACCGCGACAUCGGCAUCUCUAGCGCUUGUCUCGCAAUACACCUUCCGCAUCCUCGCCUGCCUCGGUCUGGCAUUUUACACUUCCUGGAAUCUAACUUUGGUUAUCAUUGCUGGAAUCCCAAUCGCUAUGAUGAUAGUUCCGUAUCUCUCAUCCAAGAUUAAUGCUCGCAUCGAAAGUCAACAAAAUGAACUCAAGGCAGCGUCAAAAGUUGUUAAUAGUUCGGUCGUUUCUAUCGAUGCCGUGAAGUGUCUGAAUGCACAAGGACUUGAGCAAGAGAAGUUUGGCCGCCGCGUGGACAAGGCUGCAUCGCAUUACAUCAAAAUAGCCAAUCUCAACGCCAUCCAGAUCACUGCCAUGCGAUUUAUGAUGUUCGCCAUGUUCGUGCAGGGUUUCUGGUAUGGAAGCUAUCUUGUGACAUCGGGGAAGCUUGGGGCAGGUGACGUCGUGAGAACUUUCUGGACCUGUUCUGCCGCCGCUCAGGCUAUUGAGUCUAUGAUGCCACACCUUCUGAUUCUGGAGAAAGGCAAAGUUGCCGCCUCUGCUUUGAAAAAGUCAUUAUCUAGUGGGUCGGAGGAGUCGUCUUCGGAGGAGAUGCGAGGACGCUUGCAUCCGAAGCAUUGCAAUGGCAAUAUCACGGUGAAAGAUUUGUCAUUCUCGUACUCCUCGCAACCAGAUCGACUGGUUUUGAACGCCGCGAGUUUCACCUUCCCAGCUGGGACAACCACUUUUGUCAUUGGCAAGAGCGGCUCUGGGAAGAGUACACUUGGGCAAUUGCUUACUAAAUUCUACCUACCAACUUCGGGCGAAAUAUUGAUUAACGGGCAUCCUAUACGAAAUAUUGCGGUCAGCUGGAUUCGAAACAACAUUGCAUACGUCGAACAACAAAGUGUGCUUUUCAACGAGUCAAUAUUCAGAAACAUUGCCUUCGGAAGGCAUGAUCGCGAUGAUAUUCGGAAAGAGGAUGUGGUGGAAGCCACAAACUUAGCGAUGCUAGCGAGCACCCUCCAGAAGCUUCCCAAAGGUAUUGACACCGUCGUCGGAGAAGGAGGGAAUGCUCUCAGCGGGGGGCAGAAACAAAGAGUCGCAAUCGCCCGAGCUCGGCUGCGGGACUCUCCUGUGCUUAUACUGGAUGAGCCCACUAGUGCUUUGGAUGGUGUCAAUCGUGUCCAGAUCAUGAGCGCCAUUCGCAAAUGGCGAGAGGGCAAGACAACGAUAAUCAUUACUCAUGACAUGUCUCACAUCAAAGACAGUGACUUUGUUUACGUUAUGGAACAAGGUUCCGUCGUGCAAGCUGGGUACAAAGGUGAGCUCAAAGGAGAGUCGACCCUGAGUGACUUCUUUCGAGAUGAUGAAGAUCAAGGAGACGACACCGGGAUGUCAGACUCGACUAUAUCGUCUAAGGAAAGCUCAAGCUUCAAGCUACCACUACCAUCCAAGUCGUACGUCAGAAAAGACGCACGAGGGGAUUCUUCCAAUUUAAACCGUCACAGUGUUGAGGGCGAUGCUUCUUCCAGAAUAGGCUCCAGAGCUACCCACGCUGAUAUCGAGUUGGAAGACCUCGGCUCAAAGAACAAAACUACCGGUCUAGAGGGCUCAUCAAAAACUGCUAACCUCCGCCGGCGCUUCAAGCGUCGACUACGAAAAUUCCAGUCUGGGGAUACCCCGGCCGUCAAAAACCCUUUACGAAGAGCAUUGCGCUCAGUCUUACCUAGUCUAGGUAACAAGCAGCGGUUGUUACUAUUCGUCGCGUUCCUUUGCAUCAUAGCGCACGCCAGUGCAACUCCAAUCUUCUCGUAUCUCCUCUCCAGACUCUACCAAACCUGGUGGAACGGACAGGAUGACGCCACAAGGUGGGCGCUGGCCGUCCUCGGCGUGGCGAUCGGCGACGCAUUCACAAACUACCUUAUGUUCUACCUUUCCGACGUUUGCGCCCAGGGCUGGGUCGACUCUCUCCGGAAGCAAGCACUCCGCCGAGUCCUAGACCAGCCUCGCGUGUGGUUCGAAGGUGAACGCAAUACGGCCGUGGAGAUUACUACGUGCUUGCACGAAAGCGGGGAGGAAGUUCGAGACAUCGUCGCCCGAUUCAGUAUGUUCGUUCUCAUUGCUUCCACUGUCACGGCCAUGUCCAUCAUAUGGAGUUUAGUGCUUUGCUGGAAAUUGACGCUCGUUGCGCUGUCCUGUGGGCCAGUUAUCUAUGCCAUCACGAUGGGGUUCGAGAGAACAAGCGGGAUAUGGGAUCGAAGAUGUACUGCUGCUAGGGCAUUGACGUCCGAGGUCUUCCUCGAGACAUUUGCAGAAUUACGCACUGUACGGACCUUGACGCUAGAGCCGUACUUCCAUCUCAAGCAUCUGAAAGCUGCGGCGUUCUGCUUGAGGCUAGGGCUUCGAAAAGCAGUCUAUACCGGCGCUCUCUUUGGCCUAGUUGAAUCCACGACUGUUUUCGUUGCUGGUAAGAUGUCCUACCCAGUCCAACCAUUACCAGACAGCAGAAAGCUAACCCGAGCAGCAUUGAUCUUUUACUAUGGCGUAACCCUAGUCCAGGUCAACGAGUUCACAGUCGACCAGGUCACCUCCACCAACUCAGUCCUCCUCUUCAGCAUCGGCUAUGCCGCCACUGUCCUGACAUGGAUCCCUCAAAUAAGCACCGCCCGCGAAUUCUCCCGCCGCCUCUUCCGCCUCAUCGACCUUCCCACAACCUCCCACGAACUUGCCGGCACAUUCGCACCCACAGAAGCCGCCCCUAUUACCCUAACAAACCUAACAUUCCGCUACCCCAGCCGCGACACCUAUGUCCUCCGCAACCUCACCUUCACCAUCCGACCCGGAUCCUGUACCGCGAUCGUUGGCCGCUCCGGGUCCGGAAAGUCCACGCUCGCGUCCCUCCUUCUCUCGCUUUACGAAACACCGGCCCCAAACCCCCUCCAUCCAAACCCGUCUAUCACCCUCGCUGGAACCGAUAUCCGCACCCUGCACACCCCGACUCUCCGCUCACUCAUCUCCCUCGUCCCGCAGCAACCUUCGAUUUUCCCGGGCACGAUUAUGGAGAAUAUCAGCUACGGCAUAGAUCCGCACUCCCCACUCAGUACGCUCUUCAGCGUCCGCGCCGCGGCCGUGUCUGCGGGGAUAGACGAUUUCAUCUCUUCGCUGCCAAAAGGGUAUCAAACCGUUAUUGGGGAUGGAGGGGUCGGUCUCUCGGGUGGCCAGGCACAGCGCAUUGUAAUCGCGCGGGCGCUCGUGCGCAAACCGCAAGUCCUCGUACUGGAUGAAGCGACCUCGGCCCUUGACCGGACCAGUGCGGUGAUCAUCAAGCAGACGAUCAAGAGGCUUGUUGCUGAACAGUCCGGGCUAACGGUUGUUAUUAUCACGCAUUCGCCGGAGAUGAUGGAGGUUGCGGAUGAUGUGGUUGUGCUUGAGGAUGGGAAGGUAGUUGAGGAGGGGACAUAUCGUGCGCUGGCUAAGAGGAGGAAUGGGAAGUUGGGAGAAUUGAUAGAGCAUCCGGAGGAAGAUGAUUCUGGGAAUUACGUAUGCAGCCCCUUGGCGGCUUAG